AUUGUUAAUCACUUUAUCUUUUGAGGUUCUUUUUCAUUGUCUUUUUAAUUAUUAUGAAACUUGUUUCUCUUCUCAUCUGUCUGUCUCCAUUGGCUCUGGCUUCCAUCACAAUUCCUAAUGUCUAUCUGAUUGAAUUUGAUAAUAGAACUCAUGUAAAACGUAAUAUCGAUCAGAGGCGUAAUCAAUUCUAUGAACAACUUGAUUCAUUACACAUUCAAUACAACGUUCGGCAUGAAUACAACCUGAUCCAUGCUGUCUCUCUCGAAUUUAAGUCUCCGAGGGAUACAGAACUGUUCUUUGAAAGUGCAAUGGAUGUCAAACGCGUUUGGCCUGUGAGCACAGUAGCAAAGCCCAAAAUACACCAAGCAGAUAGCGUACCUUCUAUCGCUCCCUUGUUUAGUUUCUAUAAACAAACAGGUGUCACUAAACUAAGAGAGAAGCUAGGUCUCACAGGAGAGGGAAUCAAAGUGGGCGUGAUAGAUACUGGAGUAGAUUACACACAUCAUGCCUUGGGUGGCUGCUUUGGACCUGGUUGCCGUGUUGCAUAUGGUUAUGAUUUUGUGGGAGAUGCUUACACAGGCGAUAGUGAACCUCAACCAGACGAUGAUCCUCGGGAUACUUGUAAUGGCCACGGAACCCAUGUGGCAGGAAUUAUUGGUGCCAACGAUAAACACAUGAAUCUUACUGGAGUUGCUCCCGAUGUAACGUUUGGGGUAUACAGAAUAUUUGGAUGUUCGGGUGGAAGUUCAACAGAAAUUAUUAUGAAGGCCAUGGAAGCAGCUUACCUUGAUGGCAUGGACGUAGUCAACCUAUCACUAGGUGAUAUUGGAUGGCCAGAGUCACCUGCUUCCGUAUUAGCAGAUGAACUGUCACUACAGGGAAUGAUUGUAUGCGCAGCUGCCGGCAAUGAAGGAGAAAGAGGCAUGUUUGAAGUAGGUUCGCCUUCUCUAGGAAAGCAUGCUAUUUCUGUGGCCAGUGUUGAUAAUGCCAACGUCCUUUCACACGUUAUCAGGGCAGGCGAUCUGACCAUUGGAUACUUGACUGCGACCGGAGGCUCAUUCAUACCACGAAAGACCAGGAUGAUACCCUUAUCUAACCAGUUUUUAAAAGCCAAUGAUGGCUGUGAUCCUAUUACAGUAAAUUUGAAAAAUAUAGUUGUCUUGGUGAGUCGAGGCGGUUGCCUCUUUACGCAAAAGAUUAUAAAUGCUGAAAAGGCAGGAGCUGCUGGAAUUAUCUUUUAUAACAACUUACCAGGACCGGUUAUGCCCUCUGCUCCUGAGAGUAAUGCAACAAUAGAGUACGGUGGAAUUUCAAAAGAAGACGGUGAAAAACUAUUCGAGUACCUAAAGACAAGUAGUAAAGUUGAAUUUUUAAAAUACGAUCAUCAUCUUGGUGUGCCAACCGCAGGGACGAUUAGUUCAUUCAGUUCAUGGGGUCUAGGGCCUGAUUUAAGCAUAAAACCAGAUAUUAGCGCACCCGGGGGUCAGAUUUUUUCAACUUAUCCCGUUAACCUUGGCGGUUAUACUACGUUAAGUGGUACGAGCAUGGCAAGUCCUUUUGUCGCAGGCAUUGUCGCUCUACUUGAGCAGGCAAAGGGCGGACAGCGAAGUCUGAAUGUGCAAGAACUACGAGCAUCACUCAUGAACAAUGGUCAUCUUAUCAGUCCUUCAGGCUCUUCAGAAAUUGAUUCAGUAGCCAGGCAGGGUGCUGGAUUGAUUGAUGCCUAUCAGGCGAUUAGCUCGACCACUCUCGUCACACCAGAACAAAUUCGUCUGAGCGAUGAAGAUCAUGGAGCAGAAAACAACGAAUAUAUAUUGACGAUUAAAAACAAUGGAAGACUACAUACAGAAUAUACAAUUAGUCAUCAGGCAUCUUUAACAGCUCAAGGCUUUGACAAUAAUAGGAUCUUGAAAAAACCAAUAUCAAUUCCCAGUCAAGAAGUGAGCGCAACAGUAGAGAUACCUCAAUCCGUCGUCUUUGUAGAGGCAAAUGAAGAGGCAACUGUGGUAGUUCGUAUCAUUCCUCCCAACAAUGUGGAUCAGCCGUCUAUUUAUUCUGGUUACAUUGUCAUAUCUGGAGAUACAGAUGAUGAUGUAAAAUAUGUACCCUACGCUGGACUCACUUCAAGUCUAUCAAAGAUUCCAGUACUCGUCAAUAAUGGCACUAUGCCGCGAGUGGUCAGUGACAAAGUAAAUAUGCUUUCGCCUGCUUUGAUAUCCUUUCAAUUAGCCGAGUCCUCUGCUCUGAUCACUGUCACAGUGAUUGAUGCAGUCGAUGAUGCCAUCAGUUAUGGAUAUGUGCCAGAAGGAUAUAUCACUUUUCUAGGCAGAAGUAAUCUAGAUGAUCCUAAUGAUGUCUUUUUGGUAUCUUGGCAUGGCAAUGUGGUUGAUACGCCAGAAAAGGCUGCCAUGGGAAUACUUCAUCGUAGUACACUGCAUCCUUAUCAAAACUUUAUGAUAUCUUCAUCGACGUCAUCACGUGUUAAUCCAGCAACGAUGGGGACAAUGCUAGAAAAGGGUAAAUAUCGACUCAAGAUUAUGGCAUUACAUCCUCUUGGUGAUGCAGGAAGGUAUGAAGACUAUGAUACUUGGAUUUCACCAGAGAUCACUUUGGAUUAAUUUAACAUCCGC